GCAGAAGCUGGUGUGGUGUAUCUCUGGUAAUUAUGUGGUUGGCUUUGGUCUUAGCAUUGGGUCUGACGGGCGGCUACUGUGAAGGCGGUGGCGGUUCAAGAGGACUAGAAAGAAACGAGAUGGCGGCGGUCGUCAACCACGGCAACAACUUCACCUCCGGCAGCGGCGUCCACUAUUACUUCAAUUUGCUCCCGAAGAGGUUUCCGGUGCCGGCGUCAACUCCUUCAAGACGGCAUAAUGACAUUGGCCUGCGAACCUGGAAAACGCCAUAGCUACAGCAAACGUAUGUUGACCGACGAGAAGGCACGUACAUUUAAUUUGUAGGAUGGACUAUGGAGGCGUAAUCUCGCCACCUCUAUCAACUAGGUCAUCAUCAACAUUUUUACCUUUUUUUCCCAUGGUUGUUCUAUUCUAAUAAUCCUUGGUCCUAAAAUAAUGUUCUUAGUAACUAUUCACAUGUAAAACUAUCUCUAUCUUUAUUAUACUCCACACAUUUUAAUUAAUCAUUAGAUAAAAUAAUAUUAUUGAGUCAUUAUAUUUUAUUAGAAUUUUGAUGUAAUUUUUUAAUAUAUAUUUCCCCCGUUCUGAAAUUAAAUAAAAGAUUUGCUCCAUA